CUGUUAACUAGAUACUUAACCUAACCAAACUUUUAUUAAAUAAUUAUGAAUUUUAUUUAUUAUAGAUUAUUUAAAUUUGUAGAUCACAAAGUUAAAUGUACGUUUAAUUUUAAUAGAUCUUACUGGACCACAUCAGCAAAAUUUCAGUCAUUUGCAUCAAAAUCAGUUAACAGAUCGCCGUAUAAAUUUAGAUCUAUUCCUCCGACAGGAUGGUUUUUAUUGAUAAUACCAAUUUCAACAUUUUCGUUAGGGGUAUGGCAAGUGCAAAGAAAAAAAUGGAAGGAAAAUCUUAUUAUUGAUUUACAAACUAAAACUGGUAGUGAUCCUGUUCCGUUGCCAGAAAGUUUAGAAGAUAUUUAUAAAUUAGAAUAUCAACCAGUUUAUGUAAAAGGAACAUUUUUGCAUGACAAAGAACUAUAUAUAGGACCCCGUUCUCUUCUGCUGAAAGGAGAUGCCUCAACUCAAAGUACAUUAGUUACAAGCAGGGGAAAUUCAAGCCAUGGGUAUCUGGUUAUAACACCAUUUAAGCUAGUUGAUAGAAACGAGCUUAUAUUGGUUAAUAGAGGUUGGGUUCCUACUAAAAAGAAGGACCCGAGUAGGCGACACAAGGGACAAACAGAAGGAAUUGUCGAUGUGGUAGGUUUAGUGCGACUACAUGAGAAUAGACCUACCUUUAUACCAAAGAAUGAAGAAGGAAGUAAUACUUACUUUUAUAGAGAUUUACAUCAAUUGUCUGCAGCUACGGGAAGUUUACCAGUACUUUUAGAUGCUACAAAUGAAUUUGAUGUACCGGAAGGACCUAUUGGAGGACAAACAAGAAUUUCUUUGAGGAAUGAACAUUUAUCCUACAUUUUAACUUGGUUUAGUUUAAGUGGUGCUACAUCUUUUAUGUGGUAUAAAAGAUUUUUUAAAUAGAUAGCAAUAGUCGAUUUUCUGACUUCAAAAAUAUAAUACAUAUUUAAAAUAA